AGGGCGCCAGUAUCACAUGUUUGCCGAUAGCGGAAGUUGUGAGCGUCUGUGUGUGUUUAUGUGAGUGCCAUUUAGUAGAUCUCUAUCCUUUAUGAUCUCUUUAUAUAACUCACAAUCACAAACAUGAAGGCCAUCAUACAGAGGGUCACUAAGGCCAGUGUGAGCGUGGGAGAGGAGCAGGUCAGUUCAAUAGGACGGGGACUGUGCGUGCUGCUGGGUAUAUCAGUGGAGGACACCCAGAAGGAUGUGGAUUAUAUAGUGCGCAAAAUCCUCAACCUCCGUCUUUUCGAUGACGAGAACGGCCGCGCCUGGAGCAAAAGUGUCAUGGACAGAGAGUUUGAGGUUCUGUGCGUCAGUCAGUUCACCCUGCAGUGCAUCCUGAAGGCCAACAAGCCCGACUUCCACGCGGCCAUGCCCGCGGAGCUGGCCCAGCCCUUCUACAACAGCCUUCUGGAGAACAUGAGGUGUGCCUACAAAUCAGAGCUCAUCAAGGAUGGACAGUUUGGGGCGUACAUGCAGGUCAGCAUCCAAAACGACGGCCCCGUCACCAUCGAGCUGACGUCGCCCAAAGGACCCUCGGACCCGAAACAGAUGGCAAAGCAUGAGAAGCAGCAGCAGAGGAAGGAGAAGAGCCGCCCCAAGGCCCCCUCUGAGUCCGGCCGGGAGAAGGGGACCCCGCGCCCCCGCCGGGACCCCCAUGCCAGCAGCGGGGCCGACGGAGACGUGUCUUCUGAUAGGGAGACCUAAGGCCCGGCUGCAGCCUCCUGAAGGCCUUUGACGCACAGCAAGAGUCGGGUCGCCACACCACCGAGACACCUGUCCUACCUCUGCCAACCACUGAACCCCACCACCACCGCCGCGCGCCCUCUCCUCCACCUCGCAUGCCUUCUACAGCAACCCCCCCCCACCCCGGCCACAUUGAGAUGAGUCCCGUACUGAGCAGCCAUUGAGACUCGCCGGAAGGCAGCGCCGGGGAACCCAGGGGGCCGUCUAUCGACCCCUGGAGAACGAGCGAUUUGGAAUAAAAUGCCUUUUUUUUCUUUUUCCUGUGACAUCCAUAACCUAUUAUCUCCAGGCUUAUUUUGUGUUCUGUUGAGCUCUCGGUAUCUGCGUCCUUGGAAUUGUCUCGUCAUCUUCGAGGUCUCCUGUACUUGUUUGAACAUACUUUCUAUUCCUCCGCUGCCGUUUUAUUCAUCUGUCCCUCUCUCCCCGUCUCCAUCUGCCUUUCUUUACCUCCCCCCCUCCCCCCCCAUACAUUAGCACUCAGUGGUUGCCAUGUUGUCAGAGUCCAAAGUCUCAGAGGGAAAAAGGUUCUAGGUGGACCGUGUAAACAGGCAUGUUAAUAUGGAUGCUGGGGUACCAUCUGCAGUCCUGUUUCGGCCGUCAUUCUUGCGUCAGACUCUUGUCACAGUUGUUGCUCGUCAGGGAAUGCGGAAUGCCGUGUUCGUAAUUUAUUUAUUUUAAGUCCUAUUCUAUUAAUGUUCACUAUGCUCCAUCUCUCGCUCGCUACCCUUUCUGUGUUUACUACGGUAGGGGAGGGGAACAGAGAUAGCAGGGGGGAAUUCAACAUAGAAGAGACAUUAAUGACUUCUUCGGCAGUCGAAUUGGUUUGGGAUAGAUCGCGUUUGUUUUGUACCGAAGGCGACAACACUGCCUCUGUCGUCAUCGGAAGACCUGAAUGCCGAAGUCGUCCUUAUAUAAAGAUGUCUGGAGAGAACCGUG